ACCGCGUCAUCAUGCGAGUCAACAACAAGGUUAAUGCUAAAUCAUGAAGAUCCGUUCAUGCAUGUAUAUUCACUGGUAGUAUUCAAUAUGUUGUGCGAGCAAACAGAGCGAAACACGCUCGUUGAGAUUUACUAUUUAAGUGCACCGGAGACCCGCAACUGGCGAAAAUUAUUGGCAUUGGGCGACACUUUAGAGCAGCAACUUAAACGUAAGCUGCUUUGGGUUUGGCCCACAGCUGCCGAUUUGCUGGCAUUCAACAAAUUACUGAGGCUCCAUAAUAUACAGAACAUUCUCAGUGUUGGGUGUGGUAGUGGAUUGCUUGAAUGGUUGUUAGCUGCUGCUGCAACGGAGGAUGAAAAUCCGAUUGCGUUCUACGGCUUGGAAAUCGAUCGGAAUUGGUGGAAUAGCAAAUACGCAUUACGCAGCUUUAUCCCAUUGAACUUUGUGGAAGAUGCCCCCGAUGGCAAAUUGGAUUCUGAUUUUCUACGUCACAGUUGCUGCGGCUCACAACCUAGUGCCUUGCUCUUUUGCUACUUCAACAAUCGUCAAGCAUUUCUCGAGUACUUAUGUGUAUACAAAGGCAAGUGGCUAAUAAUAAUUGGACCGAAGCCCUCGCAGGGCAUACACACAGAUCCCGAUGCCAUGCAUCCAAACUUUCCUGUGGACGAGCAUUGGGUAUUGCACGACUGUCUCCACUGGACUGAACUAAACAUUGUCACAUUCUAUGAAAAAAUUGAUUAAGCUAGUAGUAAUUAUACAUUUAAUAUACAUUUAUGUAAACAAUAUACAUUACUGGCAUGCAAACUA